GGGCUGCCUGCGCACCUGGCGCAGGAAGCGGCCGGACUUCCCGAUGGACAUCAUCAAGUCCUGCCCCCAGUGCCGCGUGCGCUCCAGCUUCAUCAUCCCUAACAAAACCUGGGUCGGCAAGGGCCCCAAGAAGGCGCAGCUCAUCCAGAGGUUCAAGGCUCGGACAAGCCAGAUCCGAUGCCGGUUCUUCUGGCAGGGGAAUGGCCACUGUCCCUUCAAGUCUGACUGCAUCUACCAGCACCAGGCCCCCUUACAGAAGGCCUUGAUUUCUGGUCCUACCUGGCCUGAGAGUGUACUGCUGCCCUCUGGGAGUGAGGUGCUGAGUCCAGCCGUGUUCCUCCGGCACCCUGAGCCGGAAGACAAUGUGGUCUUCACAGACUGGCCCUGCCCAUGGUCUCUGGGGCCUCCCCUCUUCUCCCCUUCUCCUGGAGCUCCUCCUGGAUGCCAGCAGUUUUGACCGUGGCCGCCUAGAACCAGGAUCAACUUGCUGGGAUGAAGGGGGCAGAGUUUGAUUGGUGGUUGGGUCUUUCCCUGGGUGGUCAUG